AUGGACAACAAUUCCCAUUUCCGCUCCCAGGCCCCUUCCCGGACAGAUCAGGGAGAACGGACAGACCGAACAGACCGAGCAGACCGAACAGAACGAACAGACGCUCAGACGCCAAUACCUCAAAAACAGUCGCCUACUCCGCCUUUGGGCAGCAAGCAUAUGGUGUUUGAUGUGGCAAACUGGCACCCCAAACCCGUGAAACGCCCACGACCCGUGAAAUCAUGCACCGAAUGCCGCCGGCGGAAAUUGCGCUGCGACCGGCGCUGUCCCUGUUCGCAGUGCCAGCGCUCUUACCGAGUCUGUAAGUAUGGCAGUGGCGGCAACGGCAGUGCGGGCUCCAGCAGCAAGAGCACCGACCCGAACAAUCCCACCGCCGAUUCCGAAGGCUCGGAAGGCUCCGAAGAGGACGACGACUCGGUGCCGGGGAGCGGCGCCGGAGGCGAGCGUCCGUCGAAGCGUCACCUCAGCCGGCCAGGCUCCGGGUCAACACCACAACACGGCCAUGCCGUGCCAAGCAAUGCGGCGACGAGCAGCAACCACCCGGCGCCAAACAACUCGUCCCUCAACCUCCUUUUGAACCCGCCAUCACCAACGCAUCAUCACGCAAAUCUUUCCCCACCAGGCCGUGGGUUGUACCAUCAGUUCCAGCAACACCCCCAACAGCCACCAUAUGGCUCAUAUCAACCGUCCGCACAACCGAUUGCAGCUGCAUCGAUGCAGAACUCGUUUCCGUCACUCGCACAGAUCUCAAGCACCCUCGAAAGCCCGGAACCGCUCAUGUCGUCCAAAGGAGACGACCUCCGCAAGCUGGCCGCGUCCCUACUGCUGCAGUGCAUGGUGCGCAUGGAGAGACUGGAAAAGCUAGUCGUGGCCAGGGACCCGUCCGCCCUCUCCGAUAUGCCCACGUUUCCGUCGUCGUCGGUUCUCUCCCAGCUGAACCUACGCCAACAGCCUUCGCGCGACCAGCAACAGCGCGUGAUCGAAGCCUCCAGCACGACAAUGCGUUCGUUGAGUGUCAAAGGUCGCAACGGACUGCGGACAAGAUACUUUGGCCAGAACAGCACGCGUGUUCUGUUAAACUUGUUCGACGACGCGAAGGACUUUAUGUUGAACCAAGCCAAGCGAGACACGACUGGGGGCUUGUUCUGGCGACUAGAGCGGAUCCACAUCGCACUACAGGAGAACCACCAGCAGACGCUGAAGCCGAUCACUGUCUACGUCGACUCUAUGAUGCCAGUGCAAAAGCGCAUGGCAGACAUACUGCCGCGCCGCGACGUAUGCGAUCGCCUGAUCAAUGCCUAUGUCAAUGUGUCCGAGGGCCUCUAUCGCGUCAUCCACAUUCCGACGUUCCGUCAAGAGUUUGAGGCGUACUGUGCGCACGGCGUCACGGGCGGCACAGGGGACGGUCAGGGCGUGGCCGACGAUUUCUUACCGCGACUGCUCUGCAUUCUGUGCAUCGGCAGCCGCUUCGAGACCGACUCGAAGGGUUUGGCGUACGACCGGUCCGAUGGCGUGCAUAUCCCGACCGCCUGCGCUCUGGUGCGCUCGUGGCUGGACGGCCUUCGGGGCAAGCCGUCCGUGGAUGUGACGACGCUGCAGACGGAAGUGCUGUUGCUGCAUGCGAGCCGCAUGAUUUCGCCGCGGCCGCAGCGGAUCUGGACCGAGCUGGGGAUGAUUUCACGCCUCGCCAUGGCCAUGGGUCUGCACCGCGACCCGGCCGAGUUUGCCCCCGAAAUAACCCCUUUUCAAGCCGAGCUGCGGCGCAAGCUGUGGUUUACGAUUCUCGACAUGGACCUGCACGUUUCGCUGGCGUCCAGCCUACCCAGCGCUCUGCGACCUGGCGAAAUCACCUGCCGCCCACCGCGCAACCUCGACGACGCCGACCUCUACCCCGACAUGCCGUCGCUGCCGCGAGGCAAGCCCAUGGACCAGUACACAGAGGCCCAAAUGCAGCUGUUUGCGGCCGGCACACUGCCGUUGCGCAUGCGGGCCAGCGACCUGCUGUGCAACAUCGACUCGCUGACCGACUACUGGGACGUGCUGGACGUGGGUGGUGACCUGGAAAAGGUGCUCGACGACAUCAACUGCCUGUUCCCGCGCAAUGCCGCGCUCAACAGCCACCAGAAGCACAAGGAGUGGCGGAUGCGCGCGAUGCUCGACAUGCAUGUGCGCCGGCCGUUGCUGGCAUUGUACCGGCCGUUUGCACUCAGUGCGUCGGCCGAGUGCCCGCCGCCGGCGGUUAUUUCUGAUGUCUACCUCAAAUCGUCCAUGGCCAUGCUGACAUACAUGGAAGAGCUGGACCCGGCGAUUCCUGGCUUCGGCGACGUCAGCCAUAUGUAUUAUGUGAUUCUGCGCAAUGACAUUGUGCAGGCCGCGUUUAGUGUGUGCUACUACAUUGCGCAGGCGGUCGAAGCCGAGUUGUCGCCUGCACCCGCCGGCGCUCCGAGUAGCAGCGGUGCCUCUACGGGCACGGUCAAGCCAGUCGACGGCAGCUCGCCACCCAUGGGCCACGGUUCUGCUUCUGCUUCUGCUUCUGCUUCUGCUUCUGCGGCGGCUGGCGGGCGCACCGGAACGUUCCUCAGCAGCGGCGCGCCGCGCAAGACGUCGCUGAUCUGGUCGUCCGCGUACAUGAUCCGGACGGUCGAGCGGACGGUCGAGAACUUGGCGCGUCUUGUCAACGACCUCAGCUUCGACCUGCGGGAUGUGAUUGCGCUCGCAACCGUGCUGGGCUCCGUGAUGCCGGCGACCAGCCCUGCACAGCGCCACGACCACAUCCGCACCCAGGUGGGGCGCGUUCUCGACACCUGCGUCGAGAUUCUGCGCAACCACAGCUCUGCCGCGAUCCGGAGCGCAGUGCUGGGACAGAGCCUGCCGCCGAUUGCACAUCAUACGCCGGGCUAUGAUGGCCGCCAGCUGCUGCCCGACGGCAAGCCUGUCCAGACGGACGAAUCUGCGCAGUGGGACACGUACUUUUGGGAUCUUUGGACGCCCAAGAGUACGUAA